AUGGGUGACAGUGGGGCACAGCCGCAGAAAAGGGCAUGCGCACUACACAGUGGCGAAUCUCCAGAGGUUGUGGUGUCCAACCAAUUCCAGCCCUUGCAGGAAUUGGAUCUGGCUCUUGACUCUGAGAGUGGGAGGACUGAGGAGGCACUGGGCACCCACAUGACCACAUCCUCUCAGAAAAGGGAGUUAGUGAUAGUGGGGAAAGAGGGGUACAGGUUUAUGGGGCACUGGGACUUCCUCUGGGACAGGGGUGACCUGUACAAGCGUGAUGGGCUGCACCUGAACCGGAGGGUCCCGCCGGUUUUGAGUAAGCCGGAGGUGGCUGGGGGGACCUCCGGGCCAAGUCCUGCCAUUGGACAGGCCCGCCUGUCCAGUAGACAGAUGGCAGACAGACUCUUUGAUACAUGCCAGGGGUCGCGCCCAUUAUUGGACUACGCGAAAGAGUUCAGCGCUGUGGCUGCACAGACGGACCGGCCCCAGCCCAUAGUUUGCCAACUGUUUAGGGACAACAUGAAGCUAAUUUACUCUGACCUGGAGGGGUGCUGUGACUUUAAAGCCCUAUUAGCAACGGCAUUCCACUGGGAGUUUCUACGGGGGGCCGCAGAUAUGCCCCCUCUGACCGAGAAGUACUCCCAGCCCACCCCGGAGAAGCCCCCUGCUCUGCCCCGAGCCCCGGAGAAGCCCCCUGCUCUGCCCCGAGCCCCGGAGAGGCCUCCACAGCCGUCCAGAGCCCCGGAGAGGCCUCCAGAGCCAUCCAGAGCCCAGGAGAGGCCUCCUGAGCCGUCCAGAGCCCCGGAGAGGCCGCCUGCUCCGUCUGUUGUCCCGCCGCGACCUGCCCUGGCUGCUGUCCAGCAGGCGAAUGCCUUGCCCAGUGUCCAUGCCGUGCCCAAUGUCUGUGCCUUGCCCAGUGUUCAUGCCUUACCCAAUGUCUAUGCCUUGCCCAAUGUUUGUGCUUCGCCUAAUGUUCACGUCUGGCCUAGUGUUCUCGCUCCCCCUAGUGUUCCUGCUCCCCCCAGUGUUCUCGCUCCCCUCAGUGUCUGUGCUCCCCCUAGUGUCCGUGCUCCCCCUAAUGUUCUCGCUCCCCCUAGUGUCCGUUCUUCGCCUAUUGUUCUUGCUCCCCCUAGUGUUCCUGCCUCGCCCAGUGUUCCCGCACCCUCUAGUGUCCGUGCUCCGCCUAGUGUUCUCGCGCCCCCUAGUGUUUCCAAGCCGUCGCUGCCCCCACCCAGUGCCCAGAGACUUCGCCCUAUCCACUUUCCCAAUCGUGUGUCUGUCUGUACUCCUGCCCCCUUGUCAGUUGUCCUACCUGCUUGCUUGUCUGCCUGUUUGCCCGCGUGUCUGUCAGCCAGUUUGUUAGCCUGUUUAUCUGCCCCCCAGGCCGUCGGCCCGUCGGCCAAUCUGUUCUCCCGUCUGUCUGCCUGUCUGUCGGUGUGUCAGUCUGCUUGUUUUUUGUCCUGUCUGCCCGUUUGUCAGUUUGUGUGUCAGUCUUUGAGUUCACCCCUUUCCUUCCCUGUCUGUCUGUCCCUUAGUGUGUCUGUCAGUCUUGCUGUGUGCCUCCCCACCUGCGUGUCUCUUUGUCUGUCCUUGUAGGUCUCCCAGUGUUGUCCCUGUCUCUGUGUCAGUCCGUUCCAGUCUGUGUUAGUCCGUUUCUGUCAGUCUCCGUCCACCCCAGUGUCGUCGGAGUCCAGUUCCAUGUAGUGUCCUUAGUCCGCUCCGUGUCUGUCUUUUGUCCAGUCUUGUGUCGUGUUGUGUUUGUAUCUGUUUCGUGUUGUGUCUUGGUGUUGUUCCGUAUGUGUCAGUUUGGCCCAGUCCGUUCCUGUUGAGUUCAGUCCCUUCCAGUCUAGCCCAGUCCGGUGUUCUGUCUCGUCUCGUUCCAGUCCAGUGUUCUGUCUUGUCUCGUUCCAGUCCAGUGUUCUGUCUUGUCUCGUUCCAGUCCAGUGUUCUGUCUCAUCUCGUUCCAGUCCGGUGUUCUGUCUCGUCUCGUUCCAGUCUGGUUUAUUAACAAAAAGUAGAUUCCAUACCAACAUUAGGAAGAAUUGUUUCACACACAGAGUAUGUGUGGAAUAGCCUGCCAGGUCACGUAGUAGAGGCAGAAACUCUGGGGAUUUUUAAGACUAGGCUUGAUACAGUAUUAGAUGCUGUCUAGUCUGUAGGCAAUCAGAGCACUAAUGGGGGCGACAUAGCUCAGGAGGUAGUCUGGCAGUUGGAGAGUUGCCGGUUCGAGCCCUGGGCAUGUCGAAGUGUCCCUGGGCAAGACACCUAAGCCCUAAUUGCUCCCAACGAGCUGAUUGGUACCUUGCAUGGCAGCCUUUCACCGUUGGUGUGUGUGGGUGUGAAUGGGUGAA